AUGGUUACUGAAGGAAUUGUGUUGGGACACAAAAUUUCGUCUAAAGGGAUUGAAGUUGAUAAAGCCAAAGUGGAGGUAAUUGAAAAGCUUCCACCACCAUCAAACGUGAAAGGAAUCCGGAGUUUCUUAGGCCAUGCUGGUUUCUAUAGGAGAUUUAUCAAAGACUUUUCAAAGAUUGCUAAGCCAUUGAGUAAUUUGCUAGUGAAGGAUACACCAUUUGAGAUGAGUUCUGAAUGUUUGCAAGCUUUUGAUGUUCUAAAGAGAAGCUUAAUUUCUGCUCCAGUAAUUAUAGCUCCAGAUUGGACUAAAGAUUUUGAACUUAUGUGUGAUGCUAGUGACUAUGCUAUAGGUGCGGUAUUGGGUCAAAGAAGAGAAAAAGUAUUUCAUGCUAUUUAUUAUGCUAGUAAUGUCUUAAAUGAAGCCCAAUUAAAUUACGCUACCAUAGAGAAAGAAUUUUUGGCUAUAGUCUAUGCAUUGGAGAAAUUUAGAUCUUAUCUUAUUGGAUCUAAAGUCAUAGUUUAUACGGGUCAUGCAGCUAUUAAGUACUUGUUGACAAAGCCAGAUUCAAAGCCACGGUUAAUCAGGAAGAGGCAGAAGGAAUCCUUUGGCAUUGUCAUAAUUCUCCUUAUGGAGGGCAUCAUAAUGGGGAGCGAACAGCUGCAAAAAUUCUUUAGUCAGGAUUUUAUUGGCCUACAUUAUUCAAAGAUGCACAUAAUCAUGCUAGGAAUUGUGAUAAAUGUCAAAGGACAGGAGUUAUUUCAAGAAGGCAUGAGAUGUCGUUACAAGCUUACUAAAGUACUUAAACAUUAUGGGGUGAAACAUAAAGUGGCUGCACCAUAUCAUCCACAAACAAAUGGUCAAGUUGAGGUUUCCAACAGGGAAAUUAAGAGGAUAUUAGAAAAGACAGUUGCUUUUUCACAGAAGGAUUGGUCACGAAAAUUAGAUGAUGCUCUUUGGGCUUACAGGACGGCUAUGAAGACUUCCAUGGGGUUAUCACCUUUUCAGAUGGUAUAUGGGAAAACAUGUCACUUGCCAGUAGAGAUGGAACAUAAGGCUUUGUGGGCUUUGAAAUUUUUAAAUUUUGAUCCUCAUGAAAUUCAAAGUAAACGAAGAAAUCAGUUGUUAGAACUUGAGGAGAUGCGGUUACAUGCAUAUGAUUCAUCUAGGAUUUAUAAAGAAAAGGUGAAAUUUUAUCAUGAUAAAAAGUUGAUAAAGAGAGUCUUCACUCCAGGACAACAGGUGCUACUAUUUAAUUCACGAUUGAAGUUAUUUCCUGGGAAACUGAAAUCAAAAUGGUUGGGAACCUUUGUUUUAAAGCAUGUAUAUCCAAAUGAAGCUGUGGAAUUGGAAACUAUAGAUAAGGAGAGAAAUUGGGUUGUAAAUGGUCAGAGGCUCAAACACUAUUUAGGAGGAGAAGUGGAGCAGUUUUCCACUGUAUUGAUGUUGGUAGAUCCAUGA